UGGUGGGUGUUGGCGAAACCGCGUUGUUGCUGGCCCAGUCUGACCAAUCGUAGGUUGCGACGUAUUCUGCCUCGGCCUAUUUAGCCUUUGUGCCCUCAGGAAGCCGACAUAUUGCAUUGAGACUGCGCCCGUGUGUACUCGUUUGUGCUCCUGCAAAUUGAGCCAAUAUGCAGAUCUUCGUGAAAACUCUCACCGGGAAGACCAUCACGCUCGAAGUUGAACCGAGCGACACUAUUGAAAAUGUGAAGGCGAAAAUUCAGGAUAAGGAGGGCAUCCCGCCUGACCAGCAGCGACUGAUUUUCGCCGGCAAGCAGCUCGAAGACGGGCGAACGUUGUCUGACUACAACAUUCAGAAAGAGUCUACGCUCCACCUGGUGCUGCGACUCCGUGGUGGCAUGCAGAUCUUCGUGAAGACUCUCACCGGCAAGACCAUCACGCUCGAAGUUGAGCCGAGCGACACCAUUGAAAAUGUCAAGGCGAAAAUUCAGGACAAGGAGGGAAUCCCGCCUGACCAACAGCGACUUAUCUUCGCCGGCAAGCAGCUCGAAGAUGGCCGCACACUCUCGGACUACAAUAUCCAGAAAGAGUCCACCCUUCACCUCGUCUUGCGACUCCGCGGAGGCAUGCAAAUCUUUGUCAAGACGCUCACCGGCAAAACAAUCACUCUCGAGGUCGAGCCCAGUGACACCAUCGAAAACGUCAAGGCCAAAAUCCAGGACAAGGAAGGCAUCCCGCCCGAUCAGCAGCGUCUCAUCUUCGCCGGCAAACAGCUUGAGGACGGCCGCACACUCUCGGACUACAACAUCCAGAAAGAGUCCACCCUUCAUCUCGUCUUGCGACUCCGCGGAGGCAUGCAAAUCUUUGUCAAGACGCUCACCGGCAAAACAAUCACUCUCGAGGUCGAGCCCAGUGACACCAUCGAAAACGUCAAGGCGAAAAUCCAGGACAAGGAAGGGAUCCCGCCCGAUCAGCAGCGUCUCAUCUUCGCCGGCAAACAGCUUGAGGACGGCCGCACACUCUCGGACUACAACAUCCAAAAAGAGUCCACCCUUCACCUCGUUUUGCGACUCCGUGGAGGCAUGCAAAUCUUCGUGAAAACGCUCACUGGCAAGACCAUCACACUCGAGGUCGAGCCCAGCGACACGAUAGAGAACGUCAAAGCCAAAAUCCAAGACAAAGAAGGCAUUCCUCCGGACCAGCAGCGUCUCAUCUUCGCUGGCAAGCAACUCGAAGACGGCCGAACCCUCUCAGACUACAACAUUCAAAAGGAGUCGACCCUUCACCUUGUCCUUCGGCUGCGCGGAGGAAUGCAGAUUUUCGUCAAGACACUGACUGGAAAAACCAUCACCCUUGAAGUGGAGCCCAGCGACACCAUUGAAAACGUGAAGGCUAAAAUUCAGGACAAGGAGGGUAUUCCACCAGACCAGCAACGUCUUAUUUUUGCAGGCAAGCAGUUGGAGGACGGGCGCACUCUCUCCGACUACAACAUUCAGAAGGAAUCAACCCUCCACCUUGUCCUGCGGCUCCGUGGUGGCCAAUUGGCCAACAUGCAGAUCUUCGUGAAGACGCUCACCGGAAAGACCAUCACGCUCGAAGUUGAACCGAGCGACACCAUUGAAAAUGUCAAGGCGAAAAUUCAGGACAAGGAGGGAAUCCCGCCUGAUCAGCAGCGUCUAAUCUUCGCCGGCAAGCAGCUCGAAGAUGGCCGCACACUCUCGGACUACAACAUUCAGAAAGAGUCCACCCUUCACCUGGUCUUGCGACUACGCGGAGGAAUGCAAAUCUUUGUCAAGACGCUUACCGGGAAAACAAUCACUCUGGAGGUAGAGCCAAGUGACACAAUUGAAAAUGUGAAGGCGAAAAUCCAGGACAAGGAAGGGAUCCCGCCCGAUCAGCAGCGUCUCAUCUUUGCUGGCAAACAGCUCGAGGAUGGCCGCACUCUCUCGGACUACAACAUUCAAAAAGAGUCCACCCUUCACCUCGUCUUGCGACUCCGUGGAGGCAUGCAGAUCUUUGUCAAGACGCUCACCGGAAAAACGAUCACUCUGGAGGUAGAGCCAAGUGACACAAUCGAAAAUGUUAAGGCGAAAAUCCAGGACAAGGAGGGGAUCCCACCCGAUCAGCAGCGUCUCAUCUUCGCUGGCAAGCAGCUCGAGGACGGCCGCACACUCUCGGACUACAACAUUCAGAAAGAGUCCACCCUUCACCUGGUUCUGCGACUCCGUGGAGGUAUGCAAAUAUUUGUAAAAACGCUCACUGGCAAGACAAUCACACUUGAGGUCGAGCCGAGUGACACGAUAGAAAACGUGAAGGCCAAGAUCCAGGACAAGGAAGGGAUCCCGCCCGAUCAGCAGCGUCUCAUCUUCGCCGGCAAACAGCUCGAGGACGGCCGCACUCUCUCGGACUACAACAUUCAGAAAGAAUCAACCCUUCACCUUGUGCUACGACUCCGUGGAGGUGUGCAAAUACUUGCGAACAUACUCACUGGCAUGACAAUCACAGUUGAGGUCGAGCUGAGUGACACAAUUGAAAACAUGAUGGCCGAAAUUCAGGACAAAGAAGGCAUUUCUCCGCACCAGCAGCGCCUCGUCUUUGCCAGCAAACAGCUCGAGGAGGUCCGCACACUCUUGGUAAACAUUCAAAAAGAGCCCACCCUUCACCUUGUCUUGCGGCCCUGUAGAGGCAUGCAAAUUUUCGUGAAAAAACUCGCUGGCAAAAUUAUCCACCACACCAUUGACAAUGUGAAGGCUAAAAUUCAGGACAAGGAAUGUAAUCCACCGAACCAGCAGGUCUUGAUCGUUGCAGGCAAGCAGUUGGAGGACGGGUGCACUCUUUCAGACUACAAUAUUCAGAAGGUGUCUACCCUGCACCUUGUUAUGCUGCUUCUUGAUGACCAGUAGAAAAUUUUUGUGUUACUUCUAGCUGCAAUGGUCCAGUGACGUUUUUUAUUGGUUUAAUGAUUACCAGCUACUUGGCUCUCCACGUGAAUGGGACAUGCAAGUCUCCAAUAAAAAAAAAAAUCCUUGCUGGUCA